CCCAAUUCUACAGACUUCUCCAGACGUGAAGCUGGCUCGCCAUGACGGCCUUGAGCCGCGCGCCAAGCAUCCUUCCGCGGUCCUCGCGCUCCUCGGUCCGCCCCGCGCCGCGCGGUGCUCGCGCGGUGGGCGCGAGCACCGCGCGUGGUCCGGGACCUGCGCGGUGGCAGCGACCUGAUCUCUACGUCUACGAUCUUUGCCCUUUCUGCACUCGAGCUCGUAUGAUCUUCGGUUUGAAGAAGAUCCCCCAUCGUUUGAUCUUCAUGUCCUACGAUGAUGUGGAAACCCCCACCGCAUUGAUCGGCAAGAAGCUGGCACCCAUCUUGCAUCUGUCGGGCGAGGCGCCAAUGCCAGAAUCCUUAGACAUCAUCAAGCGCAUUGAUGACGAUUCGAGGUGGGGGCCACCCAUCCUGCAAGCGUCUUCCGGACGAGAAGAUCUGAAGCUCUUUGAAAAGAAGCACUGGCCCCUGAUGCGCUUGCUGAUUCACACGCGUUUGCUUCACGCGUACGUGCCGGACCUGGUCUUCCGAAGCGCAAGAGACUACUUCAUCGAUCAACAUCCCAUUCAGGGACCUUCUGGUGAAGAGCGGCCCAACAUCGAGCUUUGGCGAUCCUGGGAGCCUUCUCUUCGCAGAUCUUGGUAUCAGCAACACUUCGAGAAGCGCCACUUGGUGGAGACUUUAAGCCAAGAGCUUUUGGAGGCUGAGCCCUUGAUCCACCAUGAAGCCCAUGUCUCUCCUGGCGGACUGAGCUACGACGAUGUGAUGUUCUUCGGUCGGGUACGCUAUUUGCCCCUAAUUGACGGGCUGCAGAUGGGGCCGAAACUACAUCAAUACAUUCAAGUGAUGAGUGAACAAACGGAGAUCCCUUUGCUCUCCAGAACCGCUCGUUGAGUGGACGCCGGAUCGGACCGUCCGGCCAAGCGAUGCUUGGAGAUGGCCCCACAUGUCAUGGGAACACAGACUGCU